UGGGGUAUCGACAGUGGUCACUUGGGCAUGGAUUACUGGAGCUUGACAGCAAUGACCAUUAUACAUGUAAGUCUUUCUUGUAAGACGACACAGCGUUUCGUUGCUACUUAAAUAAAUCCAAGCAUCAGAGAGGCGAUCUGAAGACGAGCAAUUUUUUUGUCAUCGUCAGCGCCACUGAUACCCUGCUGUGGUAGAGCGAAUGUAUCGAGUUGCUCUCCACGUGAUCACCCACUUGGCCAUGGAUUACUCGAGCUUGAAGGCUGAUGUCCAUUAUAAGUCUUUGCUAAUUCUCAGUCGAAGGCGCGGCGUAUCGUUGCCAUAGAUCCGCAGAACACUUGCGGCGAUCUGAGGUCGCUGUUUCUUCAUGAGUUGGCUAACAGUGGAGUAUAUACUUUCGGUUUUACGGAUGUGCUAACAAAAGUAUUUUUCAAUAGCAUAGAUGUCUCUGGUUGGUUUGGUGUUCAGUAGCUGUGCCUCAUUGGACAUGUAAGCUACAUGUAAAACAAUUGAUUACUGGUGUCUACGCGGAAAUAUCCAAUAGCAAGACACAGCAGCGACAACUUCAUUCGCUUGGCUUGACAUCAGUGAGGACGCAUCUCAUACACUGCAAAGGAUGUGAUGUACUUGGAUUCUGCAUUCACAAAAUGUUUCCUCUGCAUAAGCUGACAGCAUAACAAAUGGGAUAAUAUUCAUAGGCUAAUUUUUCUCUCUCGAAUUAAUCAGGCCUGUGAAUAGGCCUGGCAUAUCAACAGCAGUUUGGUACAACUGCUGUGUCUGAUGAUCGCAGUGAGUAUUUACUAUUCACACUGGAAGGUAUAAACGAUUCCAAGUCUGACCUGACCAUGAAUGGGGUGGCGAUGAGGGGUCCCCCUCAGCAACCCCAAGUCCCCCAGAAGUUACGUAAUUUGGAUAUCGUGUUGGAUAACCCGUCGGCUAUCUUCCGACCAGGAGAUAAGAUUUCGGGGACUGCUACUCUGGAGUUGAUGGAAGAGUCGCCAGUUUACGGAGUGCGCCUGUGGAUCUAUGGUACGGGGGACACCAUGUGGGAUGAAGUGAAGGGCAGUAGUCGCGGUGGCCGCUUCCAGUAUGAGCGCUACAUCAAGGAGUUGAUUACACUCUACGGGAAACCGCCAGACAAUAGAAACCCAUUGGUCGAAUUCAAGCUGGUGGCCGGGCAGCAUUCCUAUAAGUUUGAGUAUCAACUGCCGCACACGUUACCUUCGUCGUUCGAGAUGCCACACGGAGGCCUGGGCCAGGGCCGGGUCCAUUACCACAUGAAGCUACAAGUGGAUAGUCCAAACAGAGCGGUCAAUCAGACCAAGGAAGUGAACUUUAGGGUGCUAGGACAUUUAGAUUUGCGAAAAGACAGACACGUAUUACAGGGUCCGGUUGAGAUGUCGGGAGAGAAAACUUUGGGAUGUUUAUGUUGUAUAGCAGGAACAAUAAUAUGCUGCGCGAGGCUCGACAAAAACGGUUACGUGCCUGGUGAAACUAUGCAUAUAGAUAUAGAAAUAAUCAACAACAGUUCGGCAGACAUUAUUACAUCCAGUGUCACAUUUGAACAACACACGACCCUCUUCGCUCAGGCCGUCACACGUAGCGUCUCCUCUUGUAUAUUCAGCAUCUCAGGGGCGACGAUAAAACCAGGAGAUACGGGCAUGUAUCAUGAUGUCAUCCACAUUCCUCCCUUGCCGCCAUCCCGGCUAGAUGGCUGUAGGCUCGUUGAUAUAGAAUACAUGAUCCACGUACGAAUCGAGCCGUCAGGCAUGUACUCUAACUUCGAGCUUGACAUUCCUGUGAUAAUCGGCACUGAGCCAUUGGAGGGCUCAUUCCGUUACGUGUCUGAGGGUAGGUACACAGUGAUUCCUUGUUACGCGUCAUUUAACUUUUCUACCGGCGAUAUAUGCGAAUACGAGACGACGAACCCCGAGGGAGCGACGAGUCCAGCCUAUGUAUAUUAUAAGACAAUACAUAUAACUGAAUUACCAUCAGAUAUAUCGAGGUAGCAGAGGCCGAAUAGGACUUGAUUGUGUUAGAUAGACUACUCGUGUUGAUGGGAAUAUUGUCGUCUGAUACUGCCAAAGGGAAGGGGGAGUAUUCACGUACACCUCUUGGCUGGUUCUGAGAUGUUGUUAAGUUGAGCAGACAACAUCAUUAAGUGUUUUUCACAUCGACUGGCCAAAGGUACUUGGCUGACCUCUGGACACUUAACUCUUACAGUGUGAUCACAAAAUAGUAAUGUUACACUGCCCUGGGGAGCUGGUGUCAUAGUUGACCAGCUUUAGUUGACACCGUGAAAGGCAACUGGUCAGGCCACCCUAAUGUGCAACACUACUAUCUUCUGGUAUAAAAUGUGAUCUGGUCGCAUUCGUGAGUUCGACUAUACCUUUGGCCAGAACUUUAGCAUUUGCCUACGCAUGUGCGUUGUAAUUUAGGUCAAGUUCUAAUCGCGUACGUUUGUCGCUUAUGAACUUCGGCGGAUUGGUACAACAUGCCGUAUGACAUCAAUAUUGUAUUCCCUCAUUUCAUCAUGUCGUCAACGGACUCGUGACUUGCUGUGACUGGGUUUGUCACAGGGAUGUUCUAGAUGUUCAUUGCUGGAGUGCUUUAGUUAUGACAUUGGAGGGUUGAUGACUUUCCCACGUAAGGAUUAUGACAGGUCGUAGCAUCCCCAAUCCAAUCACAUAUGCACAUAGAUGUUUGCAAGAUUUGAAGGAGCAGUACAAGCCCAGAUGUUUCCAGGACUAGGACCAGGAAGAUUGUAUUUGGGUCAUUCCAUGGAAAAACAAGGAUAGGGCACAUGUCCUUUGGUUGCGUUCCCAGUCGACUCUUAAGCAUCCUGACAAUAUCAGGCCAUUUCACUCGAUACAUACUUACUCCCUCGCGUAAGGAGAAGUCGUGUUGUAGGCCCUGUUUGCAAGAGGAUGACUCGUGAGCGACGGAAAAAAUGGCAAAAACUAAGUAUUGAUGAGUGUUUGUAUUGGAACAACAUACUCAACUUCCCAAAGCGUUCUUUCUAUACGUUCGUGUCCAAUGUGAACUAAGAUUAUAUAACAAGAUGCAAUAAUUAAACGGAGGGUCAUCUCGGAAGAUUUGUUAUUCAUGCAGGCCACCAUUACACAUUGAUCCAUUGGAUCAGAUGCUCUCCUGGUGGCCGUCAGUGAGUAUAUCAUAUCUGAAAUUCUCCCUGACUGAGUUUAAGUUCGUUUUGAUGGUGCAUUUUAAUAUUGUUUAGACAAUUUGGUUUUCCACUAUUUUUAUUUCUUUAAAGUUAGGCGUUUCGAAUUUUUGUAUAAAUUUAGUUGAAAUACAUUCUAAAAACUUUUAAAAGCUUUUACCGUGACAUUCUUUGUGACAGACACAGUUGUAGAAGAUCACUGUAACUAUGACUCUGGCCAAAGGUACUUGGCUGACCUCUUGUCACUUAACUGCGAAAGUGCGAUAACAAAUAGUAAUGUUACACAGCCCUGGGCAGCUGGUGUCAUAGUUGACCGGCUUUCGUUGACACGUGAAAUAUUGGUUGGUCCUGCCCUAAGGAUAACCUAGGGUUGUGUAACACCAAUAUCUUUUAGUAAACGUGAUCUGGUCACAUUGCUGAGUUCAACUAAGUACCUUUGGUCAGACAAAUUUUGCAAAGGGUGGUGACACGGACUGUGCAUAGUGAAACAGGUUUCGCAUUGGAAUCGUCAGACAGUCCUAAAAUCAUAACUAUCAAGUGUGCGUAAUGGAGAGGGUCGAAGGGGGCUGAUCACUUUACCGUACAGUACAGAGUACUGCGGGUU